CUCCUGGACCCGCCCCUUCCGAGCCCGAGGCCCCGCCCCCGGGCGUUCGCGCGGCUGGGCAGCUGCGGGUCCCCGCGCGGCCGCUGGCUUGUGCUGCCGGGCGCCCGGUUCCGGCUGCUUCCGCGCGCUGCCCCCAGCCUGACGGGCCGCGGAAGCGGCCCCGGACGGAGCAGCUCUGAGGGAGGCGGGGGCGUCCUGGGCGGGGAGGCGUGGUCGGACCGCGGACCUGCCCGGAGGGCGGGAGCCGGUAGCAGGCCAUGUCGCCCGAAGAGUGGACGUAUCUAGUGGUUCUUCUUAUCUCUAUCCCCAUCGGCUUCCUCUUUAAGAAAGCUGGACCUGGGCUGAAGAGAUGGGGAUCCGCAGCUGUGGGCCUGGGGCUCACCCUGUUCACCUGUGGCCCCCACACUUUGCAUUCUCUGAUCACCAUCCUUGGGACCUGGGCGCUCAUUCAGGCCCAGCCCUGCUCCUGCCACGCCCUGGCCCUCGCCUGGACCUUCUCCUACCUCCUGUUCUUCCGCGCGCUCAGCCUGCUGGGCCUGCCCACCCCCACGCCCUUCACCAAUGCCGUCCAGCUGCUGCUCACACUGAAGCUGGUGAGUCUGGCCAGUGAAGUACAGGACCUGCACAUGGCCCAGAGGAAGGAAAUGGCCACGGGCUUCAGCAAGGGGCCCAGCCUGGGGCUGCUGCCGGACGUGCCUUCUCUGAUGGAGACACUCAGCUACAGCUACUGCUAUGUGGGGAUCAUGACAGGUCCCUUCUUCCGCUACCGCACGUACCUGGAUUGGCUGGAGCAGCCCUUCCCAGAGGCUGUGCCCAGCCUGCGGCCCCUGCUGCGCCGCGCCUGGCCGACCCCGCUCUUUGGGCUGCUCUUCCUGCUGUCAUCGCACCUCUUCCCACUGGAGGCCGUGCGUGAGGACGCCUUCUACGCCCGCCCGCUGCCCGCCCGCCUCUUCUACAUGAUCCCCGUCUUCUUCGCAUUCCGCAUGCGCUUCUACGUGGCCUGGAUUGCUGCCGAGUGCGGCUGCAUUGCCGCUGGCUUCGGGGCCUACCCCGUGGCCGCCAAAGCCCGGGCCGGGGGCGGCCCCACCCUCCAAUACCCACCCCCCAGCAGUCCGGAGAAGGCGGCUUCCCUGGAGUACGACUAUGAGACCGUCCGCAACAUCGACUGCUACGGCACGGACUUCUGCGUGCGCGUGCGCGAUGGCAUGCGGCACUGGAACAUGACGGUGCAGUGGUGGCUGGCGCAGUACAUCUACAGGAGCGCGCCUGCCCGCUCCUACGUCCUCAGGAGCGCCUGGACCAUGCUGCUGAGUGCCUACUGGCAUGGCCUCCACCCUGGCUACUACCUGAGCUUCCUGACCAUCCCGCUGUGCCUGGCCGCUGAGGGCCGGUUGGAGUCGGCCCUGCGGAGGCGGCUCGGUCCUGGGGGCCAGAAGGCCUGGGACUGGGCACACUGGUUCCUGAAGAUGCGCGCCUACGACUACAUGUGCAUGGGCUUCGUGCUGCUCUCGCUGGGCGACACCCUCCGGUAUUGGGCCUCCAUCUACUUCUGCAUCCACAUUGUGGCCCUGGUGGCCCUGGGGCUGGGGCUGGCUUUGGGUGGGGGCGGCCCCAGCCGGCGGAAGGCAGCGUCCCAGGCCACUGGCCUCUCCCCAGAAAGUCUGCGAGAGGAGUAAGCGCCACAGCACCCCUUCCGCCGGCCAACGGCCCCUCGUCCCCCCACCCACUGCCAGCUUCUACCCGGGAAUUCUGUGAAGCAGGCUGCUGUCUCCUUCCCCAGAAAGAGUCCUUAGCUUGGCGAGAGGCCUGGAGAGGAUUCCCACGUGCCCAGCUCAGCACCCUGCCACUGGUGAAGUAAGGCUAGGGCGUCCCCUGCCUGCGGGCUCCAGAAAGUCACCUUUCCCUCCUGUAAUCAGGAUGUCCAGGCAAGAAUCUCCCUCUGUCCCUGUCCCAGCCUCCAGGUAUUCAGAGACAGCUUCACUAACCCCCAAAAUGCUGUGGUUUCUUGGGCAAAUCUCCUUUCUUUGGCCCAGGGUGUUGGGAGAGGCACUGCAGGUCAGGUUCUGGGAGCGGGGAACCUCUUCCUUGUGGCUUUUGCACCACUUUUAUCUCAGUGUUUCAAACGUGACCCUCCCAUUUCAUAAAGGGGAAACAGGUGCCGGUGAGCAGGCCUCUGGACUGUGGUCUUGCUAAUUCCGUCUGAGCCACUGCAGGGUCCCAGCCCUCCUGCCACACACUUGUCACCUGAGACAGAGUUGAAAUGUAUAAAUUUCUCUAAAUAAAGUGUUACUCAAAGAC